ACUUUUUCUAUUUUCUUUAUUUUUGUCCAUAGUAGAUCACAUUAUUCAUCAUCAUACCCAAAUUAACAGCUCAAUAGAGUUUCAUUCCUCAAAAUCAUACCUCAAUCAUAACUUCCUUCAUUCAAAAUCAAAUCAAACCCCCUUUAUUUUCUUCUACAUUCCAUUCACAAUUUUCCUUUCUCUUUUUUCAUUCCCAACACACAAAAAAUUGGCUAAUUUCACAUGUUAAUUUAAUUAAUUAUUUUCCGCAAGAUUUGUUACAAUUCAUUUUCAUUUUCAUUUUCUUUUCCCCUUUUUGCUUUUACCCACAACAACCUUCAAUAAUUGAUUUCUCAUCAAUGCAUGAUACACAUUGCAAAAUCGAAAAUUUCCUUCAACCCAUUUAAAUUCUCCAUCUCAAUUUCACGCAGCAUCUCCCACAUUGUUCGGAAUUCAAAGAUUUCAUGGUGACCGAGAUCUAGGGUUUCUUAACCCUGUUCUUCCCUCAUUGUUCCCUUCCACGGUUCUUCUUCAACAAAUCCACGUUUUUCGUGUUGGAUUGAGUUUUUCCUUCAUGGGUUCCCUCUAAAGAUUCAAAAUUGAUCGAUUUCAGCUUCUGGGUCACCAUGCUCAAGCAAAUCCUAAGUAAACUUCCUCGGAAAACAUCGAAAACCGACUCGGACGAGUCAAGCCGAGGUGACUCGUCCUGCCGGAGCGAUUCGCCUCGUGCCGGGAAGAGUAGCAAGUCACACGGCGGAAAUGAUGGUGCCAAAACCAAUGCAGCGAAAAAGAAUUCAUCGGCGGCUGUUUUCCCGACAAGCACCGUGUCGUUGAUAGAACCUUUGGUGCCGUUUAAGGAUGUUGCGGGUUCUGAAAAGAUGAACCUUUUUGUGAGCAAGUUGAGUCUUUGUUGUGUUGCGUUUGAUUUCACCGAUCCUGGUAAGAACAUUGUGGAGAAAGAUGUAAAAAGAAGAACUUUGAUUGAACUUGUUGAUUUUGUUUCUUCUUUUGGGUCUGCAAGGUUUAGUGAGCCUGCUAUUCUUGCAAUGUGUAGAAUGUGUGCUAUUAAUCUCUUUCGUGUUUUCCCGCCGAAUUAUCGAGCCAAUAAUCGGGCCGGCGGUGGUGUUGAGAAUGACGAUGACGAGCCGUCUUUCGAUCCUGCUUGGCCUCAUCUUCAACUUGUUUAUGAAUUGUUGCUUAAGUUUAUAACAUCUUCUUGCCUUGAUGCUAAGGUUGCAAAAAAGUAUUUCGACCAUUCGUUUAUUUCGAAAUUGUUGGAGUUGUUUGAUUCGGAGGAUCCUAGAGAAAGGGAUUGUUUAAAGACAAUAAUGCAUAGGGUGUAUGGCAAAUUCAUGGUUCAUAGACCUUACAUUCGGAAAUCGUUUAACAAUGUGUUUCAUAGGUUUGUGUUUGAGACCGAGAAGCAUAACGGGAUUGCUGAGUUGUUGGAGAUUUUCGGGAGCGUAGUUAGUGGAUUUGCUUUGCCAUUGAAAGAGGAACACAAAAUCUUCUUGUGGAGAAUUUUGAUCCCUUUGCACAAGCCUAGAUCUAUGGGGGCUUACUUCCAACAAUUGUCUUAUUGUGUUACACAGUUUAUAGAGAAAGAGCCUAAGUUGGCAAGCAUUGUGAUUAGGGGUUUGUUGAAAUAUUGGCCAAUAACACAUAGUCAGAAAGAGGUGAUGUUCCUCGGUGAGUUGGAAGAAAUUUUGGAAACAAUUAACAUGGUUGAGUUCCAAAAGGUCAUGGUGCCAUUGUUUUGGCGAAUUGGAUGCUGCAUUAGUAGUUUGCAUUUUCAGGUAUCCGAAAGAGCCCUUUACUUAUGGAACAAUGACCACAUCGUCAAUUUGAUUGCUCACAACCGUCAGGUGAUACUACCUAUCAUAAUUCCCGCACUUGAGAGAAACUCUCAGAGCCACUGGAACCCAGCAGUGCUCAACUUAACUCAUAAUGUUAGAAAGAUGUUCAUAGAGAUGGAUGAGAAUCUGUUCCUUUCUUGUCGUUCUCAGUUUAAGGAGGAAGAAGCAAUGCUAAACACAGAAUCCGAGAAACGGAAAGAAGCUUGGAGACAAUUAGAACAUGCAGCCAGUCUCAAACUUACAGUCGGAAACACAGCUGUUUUAGUUUCUCCGGUUUUAUAACCAGAAUUUAUGUAUCUACAUGAGUACGAUACUCGUUCAAAUCACAAAUGUGGGAAAUGGUUGUUACUAGAAGCAGAUUUGAUGCUUCUUCUGGCAGCCAAAUGUUGUAACAUUGUAACAUGUUUUUGAUUGUUGACUGUGUGGUAGAAACCUGUCUCCUUAAGAUAAGUUAUGAUGGGAAGGACCAUGCAGUUGAUUAAUCAAACAAUUUUCUGUAUAAGCUUAUUUUCAUAUUCUGUAGUGUAUAUGAUCUUCU